AUGAUGCUAACGGAGCUUCCGCUCAUGUUUAGCUUCAGCUAUCCAAACGGUGAACCUCAGACCCCGACGAGGACCCCCCCGACAAACGUCUUUGGCGAUUCCGCUUUCCAAACCCCCAAACUCGAAUCCAGUUUCUUCGAUCCCCGGGUCACUUGGGAUACCUCCGAUCCGUAUGCCUCCAGCCCGGAAUUCCUCAAAACGCCCCAAAGAUUUGGGUUGAGCACCCAUGUGAAUAACGGCAACACCAAUUCCCUACGGUUACCGGAGACAAGCCCAGAUCGAACUGCCGGUCAGGAGGCCCCCGGUUUGCGGAGUGCAAAAGCAGGAGAUCACCAGAGCGAUACGGCUAAACGGAUUCGUGCGUCGAGACCCAAUGGCAACGCAGGGGAAGAUGCACCUCGGACGGUGGACUCGGCCAAGUCUGCCGCCUCAAUGCAGACCCCUCCGCCGAGUAGCGCUUCGAGGAGAAAGGUAGCGGAAUUUGGAAGCCUCAACGAGACGGGCCGGCGAAUGUCCGGUUCCAGUGCCGUGGGUGACCAUCUGGAGACGCCCAGCCGGAUGAUGGGUGCUUCCCCGCGGCUGUUCGGAGACCUUCAAACUUCUCCGGACCCUUUCCAGCUGGGUUCGAUCGACCCAUCGGCGUCGCCUUUCUUCCCCCAGCAGCGACUCUUUUGGGAAAAUGACUUGGGCCAACACGGAGGCGGUAUGGGCCUGUCGGGGGACGAUACCAACCUGUUCACUUCACACCUGCCGAGUGCAUUUAAUGUGAAUCAAAACCCCUUGCACGACUCCCACAUCCCCCAAUUGCCCUCCAUUGAAAGCAACUUGGAGCUGCCCGAGUUUAACGGCAAUGCCUACGGCCUCUCCUCGGGAACCGAUGCCGCCCUUUUUCCCGCCCCUUUUUCGACCUCCCCUCGACGGCCAGUGGCCAAGGCGGAGGAUCCGGCCAUGUUCCUCAGCUCCCCUGCCCGCCGUUUUGGCGGCCCUCAGCCAACUCCCGAUAAGCGACUAUUCUCCCGGCCCACGACCCGUCAGCCGUACCACCAUCAGACCGAAGAAUCCAAACGAGAAGAGCUGCGUCGGGCUCAGAGUGUGAACUGUCAGCUCCCCGGAUACGACGAGGAUGACGACGACGAGGACGGCUUCACCCCUCGACAGACACGGCCCUCGUUGACUCGCAGCCUGACGCAUACGGCCGUGACAAGCUCUUCCCAGCGUCCGGGAAUCGGCGGCGGGAUGAGCUCUGCCAACGGUAUUCGCAAAAGCCCCUCCAAGGGCCGUUCUUCCCCCACCAAGCCUUUGCGGCAACCAUUGUCCCGGGCUGCCUCGGCGACUGCCACCGUGCUUCCCAGGCGGUCCCAAUCCGUGGUUCUGAAGAUCGGCCGGGAUGGCAGAGCCAAGGCGGAGAUGCAGACCGUUGCUGAAACGCCCACCGGCUUGACAGACCCCGUUAUGGGAAUGGACCUGAACGGCUCCGCAACCGAAAGCGAGUAUGACUCGCCGGAAUAUGCCGAGUAUCCAACCUUCCCCAGCCGGAAUCUGUCGUUCACCUUCUCGGAUGCGGGGAGAUCCAUGCUGGCCCGCAGCGACUCGGGCUCGCGUCCCCAAUCCAAGGGGUCGUACAGCUCCACGGCGGCAUCUUCCCAAUCAGGACGCAUGUCUCCUUGGGGCGGGGCCUCCCAACCGAUAUCAAGAAGGCCGCAGUACAGGCAGAUCGGCGAGGACUGGAAUCGGACGCCAAAGCGGCAGUCCAUGAUUCACUCUGAUCUGUCUUACCGUAGCGCCAGUUCCGUGUCGAGGCCUCCACCGGAACCGGAGGACGAUAGCGGCGAUGCGCAGCAUGCCCUGCGAAAAGUGCUUCAGGACCGGGGCCGUAUUCCUCGACCUCACACCGUGGGCUACGGCUCACGGUCCAGCAAUUCGUCCCGAUCUUUGGCACACCUUCGAUCGUCACCACCGCGGUUUGGAGUUGAACUCGAUCUCAACGGCCGCGACCCCAACACGUCGCCCACGACCAUGACGGAUCCAGACCUGGCCACGCCCAGUACCGACCGAUACAGCAAUCCCAGCAACGGGACUCGGUGUGUUUGCAAUUCGAUGGACAACGGCGGCCACUUGAUGAUUCAAUGCCACUGGCUACACACCAAAUGUGUGGGACUGGAGCGAUCCCACUUGCCGUCGGUGUAUGUGUGCAUCUUCUGCGCGCAGACUCCUACCCGUCGCAACCGCACCCGCACGCCUCUCGGCAGCCUUGGACUGGCGCCUACGUCGCCAUUGGCACACAAGUCCUAUCGCUUCCGAUGA